AUGGGAAAGAUUGCCAGCAAAAUCUGGUCUAAAGGGUUGCUAGGGGGCUUUGGGAUUCCGGCAAUGACCAAAGCCCUAGAACCCUUGGCGUCUUGGUCACGGACCGAUCUUAUCGAUGCCUACCAGCAUUUCUUGGACUAUUGCGACGAGACGGUGGGUCGGCACGAGUUCACGGAUGUCUUCCAAUGCUUUGGCGACACCACGAAAGCGGACGCCGCCUUCCAGGCCCUGAAACCCAAGAAGGGCCGCAGCGAUGGCAACACGCUCUUUGCGGCGGCCGUGGCCACGUCCAAUCAGAGCUUCAUCUCCAAGGUGUCUUUGAUUUUCAGCAUUUUUGAUUUGAACGGCGAUGGAACCCUGAACAAGGAGGAGUUCACCGUGGCGUUGCGCUCCUUGCUGAACGGCCUGCGACUCUUCUAUACCGAUGCCGUCAUGCCGGGGGAUGCGGAGCUGGAAGUGGCGAUCGACCAAUGUUUCGCUAGGAUUGAUUGCGACAGAUCCGGCUUUUUGACCCUGGGCGAGUUCAUUGUCUACUCCUAUCGAAACCGUGAUUUGCAGGAGAUGAUGCAGACGGUGCCAACCGAAGACAACCGCAUUUUUGAAGAUUCGGUGCCUUUCCAACGCCGAGUGGCCAGCCACCCACGCUCAGGUGACGCCCCCAGUGACGAGCUUUCCUUGGGCAAAUCGGCUUCCAUCGCUGAGCCGGUGGUGAAGCGCUUCUCGCUGCGGGAGGAGCCGGUCCGAAAGCGUCUGUCCCUCGAGGUGCCCGACGAACCGCCGGUGCCCAUGAGCGCGCGCACGGCGAGGAGGAGGAGCACGAACAGCGGGGCGGGGCGGAGGCCCAGACCGGGCCCCGCGGAGUCAGGAACCUGGUGCGGCAGUGUUGCUUACGCAAAGCUCACUGGCAGGAAACGAUCUAGUUCUCUUCGGCCAGCUCGGGUCUGGUCGAUGCCACCAGAUGUCUCAAAGGCACAAGCUUGGAUGCUGUGGAAAUUCUUUCAUCACUUGAGUGGACACAAUUCGGAUGCCGACCUCGAUCUCGUGUUGGACUUCCUGCGGGAUCAGAUUGCCGUGAAGAAGGAGUUCCUCCGCAUCGCUAGCAUGGCCAGAUCGGAUGAACCGUACAAAGACAAAGAAGACGAACGGCACUGCUCCAAGGAUGCCAACGAGCUCAAGGAUGCCAAGGAGCUCAAGGAUGCCAAGGAGCUCAAGGAUACGAUGGAGGACUCGGAGACGGAAACUUCUCUUCAUCUUCUCGAGGCGGCCCGAAGCAGCCUCUCUGCCCGGCCCAGCAGCCCCAGCAGCACCACAGCCGCGCAGUCUUCCGCCAGACCCAGCAGCCCCAGCAGCGGGCCCACCUCGCACACUGCACCGCUGGCGCUGAGCGGCACCGAUUUUGCCGCUGAAGUCGAGACCUUGUCUACACAUUUUCAGCGGAUUUUGCUGGAUCCCCAGGUAAGACACAGACUAGAAUGGCUUCAGCCGUGUCCCAUGACCUUACGAGCCUUUCUUUGUUUGAGCUUUUCCACCCUGAACCCGACGAACAUCGAAUGCAUCAUCUCGUGGUGUAAUGUGUUCCGUGCGUUGGAGGUGUUGAAAACUCUCCUCAGCAGCGACGCCAUUGCGGUCAGCGAGAGUGAACUUGAGGUCCUGUUCAAAUUCAUUGAUGCGGAUGGGAGCGGCGACCUCACCAUGAGUGAACUUGUUCUGGGUGGGCACUUGACCAAAUCUCAAGCAGAACAGCUCUUUGAGAAAUGCAGGAGAAAGAACGAUGCAGCGAUCAGUGACAAGGACCUCCGCAACUACAUCAAGGGCUUGUCCAUGGCCCCUGGCAAGGAUAUGAAAGGCGUCCUGGAAACUUUUGCGCAUAGCCCAAAGGCUCAUACCCCCGAAAACGGCACACCAGAGCCAGUGGAUACGCAGUAUAGAGGCUAA